GGCGGUGGCCCACGGCCGAAGCCUCGCUGCGCUCCUCUCCUCCAUCUGCUUUAUAUGCCAGCUUACGGGCGCCUCCUGCCUGGAGAGACAACCGCAACAGUCAGACAAGGACAUGGCCUCAGAGCUGAUCACGGUCCCCUUGAGCAAGCACUACGUGCCCGUGCUGCGCGGCAACCGCACGGUGAUGUACAAAACGGCCUACUUUGGGACCAUUAGCGUCGGACUGCCAUCGCCGCAGGAGUUCACUGUCGUCUUCGACACCGGCUCAGGCCACCUUUUCGUGCCCUCGUCGAAGUGCCAGUCCGACCUGUCCGGCUCCGCCGUGGACCUGGACCACGACGGCGCGGAGGUCGAGCCCGGCAGCCAGGAGCGAGACCAGGUGGCCAUCUCCUACGGCACGGGCGAGAUCGUCGGCGAGUUCGCGCGGGAGGUGGUGUGCCUCGGCGGCCGCACCGGCAACGAAGGUACGAACGUCUCCCCGGCCUCGGACAGCGCGCGCUGCUCCCCCAUGCGCGUGAUCAUGGCCACCGAGAUGACCACCGAGCCCUUCGAUUCAUUCCACUUCGACGGCGUGCUCGGGCUCGGGCUCGCUGGCCUCGCGCUGGAGCCAGAGUUCAGCUUCUUCGGCCAGAUGGCCAAGAACAAGGGGAUGCAGCCCCGCUUCGGGGUGUUCGUCUCGAAGAGCGACUCCGUCGCCAGCGAGAUCUCCUUCGGCGGGCACGACACCAGGCACACGGACUCGGAGCUGCAGUGGGUCCCCGUGAGCAAGCCGGAGCUCGGAUAUUGGCAGCUGAAGGUGCGGCGCAUCUGGAUCGGCGGGCAGCCCCUCGCCCUGUGCGACGAGGGCGACUGCGUCGCCAUCGCGGACACGGGCACGUCGCUCCUCGGCGCCCCGCGGCAGGUGACGGAGCACCUGCACUGGCUGCUGGCCCGCAAGGUCGAGGACGCCGACAGCCGACCCGACGGGCAGGUGGACUGCCGCACGUUCCCUGGCCCGGACGUGGUCUUCGAGUUCGGCGACGUCAACAUCACGAUCGGCGCGGAGGAUCGAAUACUCGCGGCCUGCGGGCUUGCGUGUCAUCACGAACGCAACGAACGAGACGCAAUUCAUAUGUCGGGCUUCGCUGCUGCCAGUAGACGAGAUGCCAGCGCUGGGUCCGAAGGUGUGGAUUCUGGGCGAGCCCGUCCUAAGCAAGUACUACAGCGCUUACGAUUGGGAGCAGCAGAAAGUCGGGUUCGCACUGGCAAGGCAGCCACCUGCGAGCUCGGAGCUGGAGCGCCCUUUGGCACGGACGCACGUUGUCAUUGGAGCACCCCCGCGAGAGCCACCUUCCGCCACAGUGGUGUACAUCUGAGAUCCGUGGUUGGAAGAAUCGAUCUGGCAUGCAGCCUGCGUGAUCGAUUCUAGCACUUUUUCUUGUUGAGAGGCCGUGAAGGAUCAGGCAACGCGGCCUCUCAUUGUCCUCUGGCUCCCUGAGCUGUCCAACCUGCCCUGUCCGCCUUUUUCCUUACGCAGCCCACCCCCGGUUUUCGGGCCUCCCGUUUUCCCGCUCCCUCUCGACGCUUUUCUUCGAUUGUCGCGUUGUGCAAGCCAAUUCGUUUCGAGCGUCGUGAAUGAAUCACGGCGGCGUGACGAAGUCAUUGUCCGAGCUGUCCCAACCCUUCUUUGCGUGGGAUCUUUCGGGUGCAACUCCUGGGAGGUUAAAUUAUGACUUUGCCCUUAUCCGAGAUCAGCACCAAGAGCGGCGUCGGAAUUGGCAGCAGCAACGGCAGCGCGGCACUGGCA